UUUUAAAAGUUGUUUUGUCUUCAGAAUAAUUCAAAAAUACCAAGGAAAACUCAAAUAACACCGUUUAUUUCGUCAAUAUUGGGUAGUUUUUCACUUGGUGAAAAGUGAAAAUUCAAAUAUCAUGCUCUAUGCAAGUGAUAUCUGACAACUACGCGUUUUACUUCGUCCCAUGGUAGAGCACAAUUUAAUAGGUUAAGUUUAACCAACAUAUUUCUAAUUUUUGAUUAUUCCCAAAAAAUUCUCCAUUUCAUCAGAUAUCAUUUUUGAAAAAGAUGGCAAAUGCAAAUAAGGUACAGGAAUACAAAGAUGGUGUGAUAAAGCAGGCAGAAGAAUUGGUUAUGCAUGGCUUUCCCGAAACGAUAGUAAAAUUAAACACACUUCUGGAAACCCCAAGUUUUAAAAACAGAAAAUUCGCUGAUGUUCAUCAAAAUUUGAACAUUGAGGUACCAGAUCCCAUUGUUCUAAACAGCCAUACCGACUUGCCUCCUGCGAAAAAAAUGAAAUACGAUAAUAGCUUUUCUCAAGAUGGUACCAAAGUUUGCAUUUUGCCAUCUGGUUCAGUUCCGACAAAUAAACAUCUUUUGGAAUUGGUUGAAAGUGUUAAACCCCAUAUUAGAAAACUUGUUGAAGAUUCCAAUUUGAUGAAAAUGUGGAUAUCCUUCAUGAUUCCUAAGAUUGAAGAUGGUAAUAAUUUUGGAGUUUCUAUCCAGGAGGAUACAUUGGCUGAAGUACAAUCAGUUGAAUCUGAAGCAGCAGCUUUCUUUGACCAAAUUUCAAGAUAUUUUAUUUCUCGAGGAAAACUGAUCUCCAAAGUAGCCAAGUACCCUCAUAUCGAAGACUAUCGGAAAGCUGUAGAAGAAUUGGAUCAAAAAGAAUACCUUAGCCUCUGGUUGACCAUGUCUGAAAUACGGAACAGAUACUGCUCACUUCACGACAUCGUCCUGAAGAACUUGGAUAAGAUCAAGAAACCCCGUUCGAAUAACGCAUCUGAAUCGUUGUAUUGAUCGAUAGAGAAAAUAGAAUCCAUUUCUUUGUAUUGGUUAUUGCAACUCAUUAUUUUUUAAAAUAUUUUCUAAAUAAAAUAAAAUAAAUUAUGAUUU